AUGGCACGAGGUUCUAGUCAUUCGGGCGGCGCGACAAACCAACAGGCCGUUCCGAGGUGGAUAUGGUUUUUAUGCUCAGGGUUGGCCUUCGUGGGAAUCGUAUGCCUGGCAAUAAGCAUAUUUUUGCCGAGCUGGAGGCAAUCAGGCCCAAUAACAUACAACUACAUACACAAGGCGAGCAAGCGCCAGCACAUGGUGGAGGAGACGAAGUACGGCCUCCACACGGUGAUUUACGACAACUACAUGACGAAGCAGAGCUGGGCUAAGAGGGUCAGCAACGUGAAGGCUAAGGGCUACAUGGCCAUUCAAAACUCAAGUCAGAACCACCGUGGUGGCUACAAAAAUUUCUUCGUCAACGAGUGCCCGGCUGCCUGCAGGGACGGCAUAUCUGCGAGAAUAAGGGUGUACGAGAACCUCCUGGGCUACAAUAACCUGGUACUGGGACUUGGAAUACUCUUGCUUGCCCUUGUCGUUGUAGAAGCAUCGGCAGGUUUCGGACUCCUAUGGGCUAUAAUUACUGGAAAGCACAUCCACAUAAUACAGACUGUAUGGGCUGUCGCUGGUGUAGCAUGCCUUGGUUCCACUAUAUACUGGAACAGGGUGACCCAUAAAACGUGGCUUAUAGCGAUAAGGGCCCAAAUGAUUCCGUUCCCAUACUUGUCGUACUGCUACACUCUAGCUUUGGUAGCGGGAGUCCUUUUCGUAAUUGCAGCUAUGCUCCUUUUCUUUUCAGAUAGACUGGGUCACUGGAUGAUGAAGAGAAAGAUGCAGUCGACUCUGAACGAGUACGCCAAGGGGGGAAAGGUCGAUUUCGGCCAGCUCAAAAUGCCGUUUGGAGAGCCUUCUGCGCCGAACAUCCAGGCGCAGAACAUGGGAAGGCCGGUCAUGGGUCCAAACGUUAACCCGGAUUCAGGAUUUAACCCAGGAUCAUUCUUUAACGGAAUGGGAUUUAACAACCACAGCGCCCCAAACCACAACGAAUCGAACUCGCCGUCAAUGUGGGCACGCAACUUCCAGCUUUAA